GGCCGCGGCGGUGACAGCGGCUCCCCGCCCCCGAGGCCGCCACGUCCCUCACGUACCACCCGGACGAGCCGCGGAGCGGCGACCUGGCGCCGGGGGCUCCGGCUCCUCCGGCGGGGCUCAGCAUGAGGCUGGCGCGGCUGCUGCGCGGAGCCGCCUCGGCCGGUCCGGGCCCCGGGCUGCGCGCCGCCCGCCCCAACGUCAGCCGCAGCCUCACCUCGGACUCGGGCUCCGGCCCGGCGCCCGAACGCGGCGUUCCGGGCCAAGUGGACUUCUACGCGCGCUUCUCACCGUCCCCGCUCUCCAUGAAGCAGUUCCUGGACUUCGGAUCUGUGAAUGCUUGUGAAAAGACCUCAUUUAUGUUUCUGCGGCAAGAGUUGCCUGUGAGAUUGGCAAAUAUAAUGAAAGAAAUAAGUCUUCUUCCAGAUAAUCUUCUCAGGACACCAUCAGUUCAAUUGGUGCAAAGCUGGUAUAUCCAGAGUCUUCAGGAGCUUCUUGAUUUUAAGGACAAAAGUGCUGAAGAUGCUAAAACUAUUUAUGACUUUACAGAUACUGUGAUACGGAUCAGGAACCGACACAAUGACGUGAUUCCCACGAUGGCUCAGGGUGUGAUUGAAUACAAGGAGAGCUUCGGGGUGGAUCCUGUCACCAGCCAGAACGUUCAGUACUUUUUGGAUCGUUUCUACAUGAGUCGCAUUUCAAUUAGAAUGUUACUCAAUCAGCACUCUUUAUUAUUUGGUGGAAAAGGCAAAGGAAGCCUGUCUCAUCGAAAACACAUUGGAAGCAUAAAUCCAAACUGCAAUGUGGUUGAAGUUAUUAAAGAUGGCUAUGAAAAUGCUAGGCGUCUGUGUGAUUUGUAUUAUAUUAACUCUCCCGAACUAGAACUUGAAGAACUAAAUGCAAAAUCACCAGGACAGCCAAUACAAGUGGUUUAUGUACCAUCCCAUCUCUAUCACAUGGUGUUUGAACUUUUCAAGAAUGCAAUGAGAGCAACAAUGGAGCAUCAUGCCAACAAAGGUGUUUACCCGCCUAUUCAAGUCCAUGUCACGCUGGGUAAUGAGGAUUUGACUGUGAAGAUGAGUGACCGAGGAGGUGGUGUUCCUCUGAGGAAAAUUGACCGACUCUUCAACUACAUGUAUUCAACUGCACCCCGGCCUCGUGUUGAGACGUCCCGAGCAGUGCCCUUGGCUGGUUUUGGUUACGGAUUGCCCAUAUCACGCCUUUAUGCACAGUACUUCCAAGGAGACCUAAAGCUGUAUUCCCUAGAGGGCUAUGGGACAGAUGCAGUUAUCUACAUUAAGGCUCUGUCAACAGAAUCAAUAGAAAGACUCCCGGUAUAUAACAAAGCUGCCUGGAAGCAUUACAACACCAACCACGAGGCUGACGACUGGUGUGUUCCCAGCAGAGAACCGAAAGACAUGACGACAUUCCGCAGUGCCUAGACACACUUGGGACCCCUGGAAAAUCCAGAUGUGUUUUUUUAUUAAAUUUGGAAGGGAUGGUGUUCAGAACUACACUAUACCAAAUACUUCAUGUGUCGUUUUCACAGUUAACUGUUUGGGUAGAUAGAAUAAGUGGUCAGACUUCUAGACUCUGGUGCAAUUAGAAGCAUAAUUGGAAGCAAGAGACAAGUUGGCUACAGAAGAAGAGUCAGGUAACCAAAGGAUUAGAACCAUAAAUGCACAGGUAUUGACAAAAAACAUGUUAUGAAAAAUAUCUAUACUUUAUCAGGAAAAAGUCACCUUGGGCUUAUCACAUUCAAAUGUUUGCAUUCGAAUGUUAAUUUAUAAUGUACAAAUUUUUGGUAUAUUCAGUAUAUUAUAACUCUGUUAGGCUUUAAGACAGAGAUACCAAACAGGUGGUAUCAUCUUCGUUUUUGAGACUCAGAGUAUAGCCCAAAGCUGCCCAGAAUUGGCGUGAGGGCUCAAGCUGUAUCUGCUGAUCACUGUCAGCCGCCUGGUCUAAGAGACCAUGAAAGUCAGGAGACUAAGUUGUUAGUCUUACCUCAUCUUUUAAGGUGACAGGGAAGUACACUGAAAAUAAAUUUUAAAGUAAGAUUUUAAAUGUUUAAAGAACAGCUUUACUACUUAAAUGGGGAACUUUAUCUGGUAAAUACAUUGAGCUGAAACAGCUCAUUCUCAAAAGGAUUAUGUAAGCUUAACAGUGCUAUACAAAUUUGUAAAUUAGAAGGGAUGUUAAAGGGCCGUUAGCCCAGGACUCUCACAUAAGAGAUGAGGAUCCUGAAACUCGGGGUGUGUGGGGUUUGCCCAGGGCUGAUUAGCUGAUGUGACCAAAUGUUGGAAAAAGAUCUUUUACCUAUUACUCCUUAACUAUGGAUUUUAUGAUAAACAAUAGGAUAUGCUAGUGGAUGAUUUAUAUUAGUUCAGUGUGUCACAGUUUUUUUAGCUUAAAAUUACACUUUUCUUAUAAUGAUGAAAUAGUUUCGAAUCCUUUGAAUCAAAGUAUUCACUUUCUUUCCUAAAUGAGACGUUUGUACAACUGACAUAAAUUUGAUAUUUUUACUUAAUGAUCCACCCACCCACACACAAAAUUAAAGUUUCUCUCUUUAUUUAAGAGCUAAGAAAUUGUAUUUUCAAAGGAAGAAUGAAAUCUUUUCCUUUAGCUUCUUUUUAAGGUAUAAUGGCUUUUUCACUUUGUUACUGUGGUAAGGGACACAAAGUUACAUACAGAAAUAUUUGGGGGAAUGCUUUCUCUUAGUUGGUUUUAAAUUAUUGUGCUACUUGAAAAGUUUUUAGAUUCUUAUACUAUUUUCCCCCACCAGCAUUUAAUAUGAUGCCAUGUAGAUUUUAAAAACAUACUGAAAGAUAAGAAAUGGAUACUAAGUGAUUUUUGUAACCUGGGCAUUUAAUGAAUAUGCCAACAUUUUUUUUAGGAAGAAUCACAAAAAGUAUUCUGCCCUGUACUUAAAGUACUAGCUGGCUUUAGAUGUCUUCAUACUUAAUGGUAAUCACUUUCUUGCUCUGUGAAGUUUUUACAUGAAGAUGUUGAAGUGGCAGUCUACCCUAUUAUUUUAUAAAAUGUUUUGUGUAUGGCAAUAAACUGAAAACAUGGAUCAACUCUUACUCUGAAAAUAAAUUGACCAAUUGUUUUUUAAAAUAAA